AUGAAGAAGAAUAUAAAAGUUAUGCAUGCAAUAAUAAACGUAAAUCCUGAUAAAUUCUCUAAAUAUCUAAAGAUUAGUUAUAAAGUGGCUUCAUGCGUUAACAUUACAUGCGUUAUAAUUUUUAUAGUUAUUGGAAUUAUAAAAACAGAAAUUCUUAAACUUUCACGUGAACUCAAUCAGGCAUAUACUUAUCAAAUUCUAUUGGAUAUAAUUUUACAAUUUUCAUUAUUACUAUGUAUACUUUAUAAUACAUAUUUUUAUUUAAUAUCAUUAAAUUUAUCAGAAGUAUUUUUAGAUAAAGAAAUUUCAGUAACUAUUAUAUGGAUUUCUCUGCUUUCGGCAAAAAUUAUUCUUAUAAAUAAUCACUGUACUAAUUUUUAUCGCGAGGUAGAAAUAACAGCACAUUUGCUUCGAGAAUUAGAUAUUUGCUAUUUAGAUAAUUCCAUUAGAAAUGAGGUACUACAAUUUUCGUUACAACUCUUUCUUCAUCCUUUAAAAUUUACUGCUGGUGAUUAUAUACUUAAUAACAGGUUAUCAACAAUGAUUUUUAGUACUAUAAUAACAUAUUUGAUUCUAUUAGUACAAUUAAGUCCAUUGUUAGUACGAUGA